GGAGGAGGUGGAGGAGGAGGAGGAAGAUCAGGAGGAGGAGGAAGAAGAGGAAAAAAGAGAAAAAGAAGAAAUAUCACAGAAAAAAAAAAAAACUCUUCGUUGUCUUGCCUGGGCUCUUUUUUUUUUCCCCCUAAAAAUAACAUAUUGGAGAAUUGGGAGAAGUCUUUUUGGUUUGGAAAAAAAAAAAAAGGAAUCUUCAGCCUAGAUCACUUUCUUAUCCGGACUGGGAUAUUAAAUAUACGACACAUCCAGGAGUUUAUUGGAGCGCAGACUGAUGGCGCAAAGGUACGAUGAGCUGCCCCAUUACGGCGGGAUGGACGGAGUAGGGGUGCCUGCUUCCAUGUACGGAGACCCUCAUGCGCCGCGGCCGAUUCCCCCGGUUCACCACCUGAACCACGGGCCGCCGCUCCACGCCACGCAGCACUACGGCGCGCACGCCCCGCACCCCAAUGUCAUGCCGGCCAGCAUGGGAUCCGCUGUCAACGACGCCUUGAAGCGGGACAAGGACGCGAUCUAUGGGCACCCGUUGUUUCCUCUGUUAGCUCUGGUCUUUGAGAAGUGCGAGCUGGCGACCUGCACUCCCCGGGAACCCGGAGUGGCCGGCGGAGACGUCUGCUCCUCCGACUCCUUCAAUGAGGACAUCGCGGUCUUCGCCAAGCAGGUUCGCGCUGAAAAGCCACUUUUUUCCUCAAAUCCAGAGCUGGACAAUUUGAUGAUACAAGCAAUACAAGUACUAAGGUUUCAUCUUUUGGAGUUAGAAAAGGUCCACGAACUGUGUGAUAACUUCUGCCAUCGGUACAUUAGCUGUUUGAAGGGGAAAAUGCCCAUCGACCUUGUCAUUGAUGAAAGAGAUGGCAGCUCCAAGUCAGAUCACGAAGAACUUUCAGGCUCCUCUACAAAUCUCGCUGACCAUAAUCCUGCAUCCUGGCGAGAUCACGAUGAUGCAACCUCCACCCACUCAGCAGGCACCCCGGGGCCCUCCAGUGGGGGCCAUGCUUCACAGAGUGGAGACAACAGCAGUGAACAAGGGGAUGGUUUAGACAACAGUGUAGCUUCACCUGGCACAGGUGACGAUGAUGAUCCAGACAAGGACAAAAAACGCCAGAAGAAAAGAGGCAUUUUCCCCAAAGUAGCAACAAAUAUCAUGAGAGCCUGGCUCUUCCAGCAUCUCACACAUCCGUACCCUUCCGAAGAGCAGAAGAAACAGUUAGCGCAAGACACAGGACUUACAAUUCUCCAAGUAAACAACUGGUUUAUUAAUGCCAGAAGAAGAAUAGUACAGCCCAUGAUUGACCAGUCAAAUCGAGCAGGUUUUCUUCUUGAUCCUUCAGUGAGCCAAGGAGCGGCAUAUAGUCCAGAGGGUCAGCCCAUGGGGAGCUUUGUGUUGGAUGGUCAGCAACACAUGGGAAUCCGGCCUGCAGGUUUGCAGAGCAUGCCAGGGGACUACGUUUCUCAGGGUGGUCCUAUGGGAAUGAGUAUGGCACAGCCAAGUUACACUCCUCCCCAGAUGACCCCACACCCUACUCAAUUAAGACAUGGACCCCCAAUGCAUUCGUAUUUGCCAAGCCAUCCCCACCACCCAGCCAUGAUGAUGCACGGAGGACCCCCUACCCACCCUGGAAUGACUAUGUCAGCACAGAGUCCCACGAUGUUAAAUUCUGUAGAUCCCAAUGUUGGCGGACAGGUUAUGGACAUCCAUGCCCAAUAGUAUAAGGGAACUCAAGGGAAAAGGAAACACACGCAAAAACUAUUUUAAGACUUUCUGAACUUUGACCAGAUGUUGACACUUAAUAUGAAAUUCCAGACAGCUGU